CUUGCUGACUCUGGUUAGGAAAUAAAUUAAGAAAUAUAAAUAAGGAUUAAGUGUAUAAAUCGGUGUCAAUUAAACAGUGAUUAUAAUCUCAUAAAGGACGAUGACGAAAUUAUCAACUGCGUUUUUAAAACAGCUAUGGCUAACGAUCGCUGCGUCACUAGCGUUUCUCAUCAUUGGAUUAGUUCGAGGUUACUCUUCAUCUGCUCUUCCAUCAAUAGAGUCGCAUGACCCGGGUCUAAUGCAAUCGAGUGAACAAAAAUCCUGGAUUGGUUCAAUCACACCAUUGGGGUCAUUUCUGGGCAGUUUAUUAUCGGGACCUUUAAUGCAUCAUGCGGGUCGAAGACGGACCCUACAGCUGACAGCACCAUUGUGGGGAGCUGGAUGGCUCAUCCUUGGUUUCGCACCUAAUUUUCCCAUAGUGCUAUUGGGAAGGAUUAUGUCCGGUCUAGGAAUCGGCCUAGUGCUUGCACCCACACAAGUAUAUGUGAGUGAAUGCUGCGAUCCAGAGAUCCGUGGCCAACUUGGCUCUUUACCUACACUGUCUAUGUCACUGGGAAUUCUCAUCUCCUACAUCGCAGGCAGCUGGCUUUACUGGAGAUAUCUUGCAUUUCUGUCCGCCACAUUUUGUGCGGCGCUAUUCGUAGUUUUAAUUCCACUACCCGAGUCACCUGUGUGGUUAGAAACCCAAGGCAUAGACAACGAGUAUGCCAUGAAGUGGCUCCAUCUUUCAAAGCAUGCUGUGGCUACUGUUAAUGAAGAAACACAGGAACCUGUAAAAAGUAUAAGCGGUAACAGCCUCAAACCAGUAGAAGACCCUCCAAGGAGUUUGUUCACACGAGAGGUGUUUUUUUCGCCUUCAGUAACCAAGCCGCUAAUUAUUGGCUUCGCGUUGUUGUUCCUGCAACAGUUUAGCGGUAUCGACACCAUCAUAUACUUUACAGUAGAAAUCUUCCAAAAUGCAGGUAGCACAUUAAACCCAAUGACGGCAACUAUUAUUGUGGGUGCAGUGCAAUUGUUUAGCAAUGGAAUCAGCACGAUGUUAGUGGACAGAGCUGGACGAAGGCCAUUAUUAUUACUUUCUUCUAUCACAAUGUGCGUUUCGAUGGUUUCAAUGGGAGCAGCUUUUUACUUCGAAUUUGAAAAGGCGUCAUGGCUUGGGUAUCUACCCAUUAUGAGCCUUGUGGUGUUCAUGUUGGGAUUCUCUCUAGGGUUCGGUGGUCUUCCAUUCCUAUUACUGGGUGAACUGUUCCCCAAACACUACAGAUCGCAGCUGUCUGCAAUGGCAAGCGCAGUGAACUUAUCUUCCAUGUUUGUGGUUCUCAAGUCUUAUCACCCGUUAGAGCAUAUUAUAACAUCAGCUGGUACAUUCUGGAUGUACGCUGCUUUCUCUGCGCUAGCGUUCUUCUUCGUUGUGUUCUUCGUUCCUGAGACAAAGGGAAAGUCUCUCGCGGAGAUUGAGCAGCACUUUAGAGGUAAAAAACACCAGGAGAGCAUUGAUUUGCAAAAUGUUCAAACGAAAUUCUAGAUCAGUUACUAUUUUGAGGAUUUAAAUAAGGAAGAAAAACGCUGUAUAUUUCCGACCAUCUCUGACUCUCUUGAGAAAUGUUGUGGUUGUAAAAUUGUCUAUAUUAUUCAACUUUGUUAUUUAGACAAAGACAAGUUGUCGAGUGUAACAAAAUGUGAUAUAUUUUUUUAUGGUGUAACCUAAUCUAACAUAAUCUAUGUACAGUUUCAAGUUAUCUGUUACAAUGUAAACAUACAAAACUUUCAUAAUUGUAGGUGGCUUAUUUUUCGAACUUUGCUUUUUAGUAUAAACUGCCAUUCAAUUUGUUUUUCAAACAUUUAAUAUAUUUCUCUUACUUAACAGAAAAUUAAAAAUGCGUUGUUUACGACACUACAUUGACGUUUCGACAUUUGCUUUUCAGUAGAAAGUAAGAUUUAUUAUCUAACCCUGAAUCGUGUUUAACCAGUUAAAGAACUUUUGUUUAAGUGCAUCUCAAGUAUUAUUUAUCGAAUUUUUAAUUUAUAUCACUAUUUAAUAAGAAUUUUGUUUAACCUAAGAAGUAUUUUAUUUUUUAGAAUAUUAAUAUUUAAUGUGCUGUGAUAUGCAUUAGUUCUCUAGUCGUAAUACUUAAAAGUUGAAGUGUCUUUCAAGAACUGUAAAACCCGUCUAAUUCAAUUCACACAAAUCAAAUAGUUGCACGUAUACUAUUAUAUUUCGAUCUACUAAUGGUGAAUUUUUACUUGAUACUUCAACCGUUAGCUUGUAGCUUGUAAAUAAUAAGUAUAAACUGUGUAUAUAAAAAUAUUAUAUUUAA